CCAUAGAGUUCGAUGAAGAAGAAUCCAUGUUGCAGGAAAACAAAUAACAAGGAAUUAGUUUUUUAAAAUAUUUUUUGUGAAAGAAUUGAAAUUUAAAAUUUUGGGUUGAACGGGAAUGAGCACAAAUACAUAAUGAGUUGUGACAGGAGAGUUAUUAGCCUCCGUUUUAAUCAGGACCAAGGUUGUUUUUCAUGUUGCAUGGAAAGUGGGAUUAGAAUUUAUAAUUUGGAACCCCUAGUAGAAAAAUCUCAUUAUGAUACAGAAAUGGUCGGAAGUGUUUCUCAGUGUGAAAUGCUUUUUCGCACCAAUAUCCUAGCUAUUGUCUCUGGCGGUGCGCGUCCGAAAAUGCCAGACAAUAUUCUGCAUCUUUAUGAUGAUUCAAAGAAAAAAGUCUUCAUGGAAAUUAAAUUUUCAUCUUCCAUUCGAGCUGUGAGGUUACGCAGAGACAACUUUUCAAAUUUCAGAAUUGUUGUGGCUCUAUUAAACAAAAUACAUGUAUUUUCAAUAUUAUAUCCUACGCAAGAAUUGUUUUCAUUAGAAACAAGAGACAAUUACAAGGGUUUAUGUGAGGUUAGCCCAUUAGCAUCCGCUCAAAAGGAAGUGUUAAUAUUUCCAGGUCAUAAAUUGGGGAGUGUGCAAAUAGUAGAUAUUUCAAAUACAGAGCAAGGCAUAUCUAGUGCUCCAGUUUAUAUAGCAGCACACAAAAAUGAAUUGGCUUGUUUAGCGUUAAAUCAGCAAGGUACUAAGAUAGCAACUGCUUCUUGUCAGGGAACUCUCAUCAGGGUGUGGGAUACAUCAAGUAGGAAUCUGUUGCAAGAAUUGCGACGAGGGUCUGAUGCAGCCACAGUGUAUUGCAUAAAUUUUAGCAGAGAUUCUGAUUAUUUGUGUUGUUCAAGUGACAAGGGUACCGUACAUAUAUUUGCCAUAAAGCAAACAAAUUUAAAUAAAAGAAUGGCAAUGUCAAAUGUAGGGAUUUUAGGAAAAUAUGGUGAAUCUCAGUGGGGUCUUGCACAUUUUACAGUUUCUGCUGAGUGCGCUUGUCUCUGUGCAUUUGGUCCCCAAAACUCUGUUUAUGCACUUUGUUUGGAUGGUACUGCCCAUAAGUAUGUCUUCAGCAGCGAGGGAAUUUGCAACAUGGAAGUGUUUGAUGUAUUUUUGGAUGUUGAUGAUGAUGAUGAUGAGUUUUGAGUGUACAUACAUAGGUGUCAAUUAUAUUUGUUAUAUUAUUUCAAGUAUUUUUUGUA